AUAUCGUCAGCUUGGUGCUAUAUGCGUUGGAUCCUGUCAUAUGGCACGCGCAUCAUUCAGCGGCCUGUUCGCGGUUGACACAGCCUGUGUUAGUGCACCGUCGGGUUAACAUUGCCAUAAUAUAUCAUAAUGGCAUCAAAAUACCGUUAUUUAUCAAAUCUUUUGCUUCUUUGUCUCCUGGCGGUAUUCUCUCAGGGCGGAGGAUCCCAUUGCCAUGAGCACCCAAGAGCUCUCAACCUUCCCAGCUGUGCCUCAGACUGCAUUGAGAACUCAGGAUGCGAUACCAGCGACAUCAAGUGCAUGUGUUGGGCAUCAAGGGGCAGCUUUCUGCCAGAUGUCGUGGCUUGCAUGUAUAGGGAAUGCUCACAAGAUAUAUCGGUGGAUACUUGGCUGACUCCUUUGGAACUGGCUUGCGAGGUGCUCGGUCAGCCAAUUCCUGUCUCUGCGAUCUCAAGCGCGGAAGCAGCGCAAGGCAGCAUUACCAACACGAAGCCAACUACGGCAACCACCACAACAGUUACCUCUGAGACAAAGACUGUCCAGCCAGCAUCGACAAGCAGGAGCACUUACAUAAUUACGUCAAAGGCGACGGCCACUAUCCCAAGGACCCCCUUGACGUCUACAUCUACCUCCACGUCCACGCCUGCAGCGAUGACAUCAGUGACCUCAUCGGUGACUUCACCUGUGACAACUGACGAACAACUAUCAUCUACUACCAGCUCAAGCUCCCAAGCUCCGCCCGAAGUCGCGACGACCACGACAAGUGCCUAUUCAGGCGAUCCGACGGACUCAAGCCCCUUCGCGUCUCCAAUAAAUUCCAGCGCCCACCACAGUGGGAAAGCUUCGCUGCUCGGCGCUACAGUUAUCGGCCUGGCUGCCGUUAUAGCCUUUGGGCUAUGAAGAGCGGUGCUUAUCCGAUUGCACUUCUCUGUUAUGGUAUAACGAUGCAUUACGGUACAUGACGGAAUGAGUCAUUCCAUGAGGACACACGAUAUCGACGAAAUGACUCAAGUUACGAAUGUCGAGCUUGAGACCUGACAUCCAACCCAUCAUGACCAUAAUCUGACUAGAUAAGAGGGUCCUAGCACUAUGGAAGGUCUCUGGAAUGCACAGCUUCAUAACGAAGAAUAUGCAUGACAAGUUA